AUGUGUCGUAUCGGUCCAAAAAAUAAUAGCACGGACGACGCCGUGGAGAGGCAUGUUUUGAGUGAUUUUUACCCUUUUGUGCGCAGCGGUGCAGGACUAGAAGCGCGGUCUUUGGAUGGACAGCGUCUAUCCCCUCCUCUACUGUAUGUGGGCGUGUCCGUCAUUUCAUUUCCUGAGCACACAAGCUUAUUUAAGAGGCUUGCGCACAAGGGACACGCCACAGAAGAAGACUGGAAGCAAUGGAAGCGACUUUACACUGUGAGACAAGUCCUCCCACCUAGGAGAAGCAUCAGAAGGAUGUACAUUUUUCUUCAGGUAUUCUGGAUUUGUGUACUUGGAGCCUCUUCAGUCUCAGGUUACUUCAUGGGGGAUACCAAGGCGGUUCUGCACGGCUGCAAGGACCACUGGACCCUGCAGGACAGGACGGCCAUGCCCUUGCUCUACCGCAUGACCGUGUGCGUGGACGUGCGCGUGGUGGACCCCGGUGCCUGGGUGGCCUACACCUACAGCUCGGCCCAUGUCCCCAAGCCCGAGCUGGGCCUGGAGGGGGAUGCGGGGGCGCUGUACGGGUGGCUGCUGGGGGUCAGACAUCGCUUCCCGGUCAGACUCGCCCAGGGUCGCUGGCACAGGGUGUGCUUGAGGAGGGACGUCCCCGGGAACUCCUUUAGCCUGGAGCUGGAUGGACGUCUGGUGGCGGAACGCACCGUCAUCGCCCAGGCCAUCCCUCCAUCGGGCUCCCUGUGGCUGGGCUGCCGAUCCCGACGGCAAACGCCCGGGGCGGCGCUGGGCCGGCUGGAGGUCUACAUGUUCCGCAUGUGGGCCGACCUGGCCCGCCGGGGCGCCUGCGAGGACGGCGCCGUGAUCGGCUGGGACGCCCACUUCUGGGGCGUGACCAGUCCUCGGGCCCGGCAGACGGACGACGGCCUCCCUUGUGCUCAAACGCCUGAACUUGGACACCCCUUUUCCCCUCCACCUUUAUUGACCUCCACAAUGGACACUAGUGAGCCUCCGUCAGUCAUAGCGGCCUCUAGUGGCCAUGUCGAUAAACCCUUACCUAUGACUCCGCCCACAACAACACUGCUGGCGACAACAAUCCCAGUUAGCCCAUUAGCCCCGCCCUCUAGCUCGAUCUUGACCAAUCAGAUAUUAAUCAUCACCACGGUUCCUCCUACAAAGUCUCCGACACUUGCCGACCAAACCACGCCCACCACAGUGCCCCACCCAACAGGUGCAGAAAUCCCAACGAGCACGUUAGCCCCGCCUACAAGCCCCAGCCUGGCCAAUCAGGAGUCCAGCAGCACCCAGGCUCCUCCUACAAGGUCUUUCGCGCCUGCUGACCAAACCUCACUCAUUGCGGCAACAAAUGCAGACAUUCUAACCAGCACUUUAGUCCCGCCUCCUAGCCCCAGCCUGGCCAAUCAGGAGUCCAGCAUCACCCAGGCUCCUCCUACAAGGUCUUUCGAUUCUGCUGACCAAACCUCACUCAUUGCGGCAACAAAUGCAGACGUCCUAACCAGCACUUUAGUCCCGCCUCCUAGCCCCAGCCUGGCCAAUCAGGAGUCCAGCAGCACCCAGGCUCCUCCUACAAGGUCUUUCGCGCCUGCUGACCAAACCUCACUCAUUCCGGCAACAAAUGCAGACGUCCUAACCAGCACUUUAGUCCCGCCUCCUAGCCCCAGCCUGGCCAAUCAGGAGUCCAGCAGCACCCAGCUUCCUCCUACUGCUCAAGAAACCACACCAAAACCCCGCCCACUUGUUGCGUUAACAACAACCAACGAAAAAGUUCCGGCUAGUACGUUAUCCCCGUCUUCUCGCCCCAGCUCGACCAAUCAGGUGUCAAGCACCACCCAGGCUCCUCCUUCAACCCUGUCAGGGCCCCGACCGUGUGACUGCACUGCUUCUUGCAACACGACAAGUCAGUUCUUUGCUAUGCGCGUUAAUAUCGACAGUGCUGCCGUCAACGUGGACGCACUACAACAUUUGUUGUCGAGGCUUCCAUGUAGCCCCAUGUCAGGGUGUAAAGACUACCCAGAUAUACUACAGCACUUCCAGGGUGUUCACCUGGAAUGUGACGGCACCCAUCAGAGGUUGAACAGCUGCAUGGUGAUCGUGGAAGUGUCCGGACCGGUCGAUGGCUGCUCGCUUGGGCCGCUCCUGAAGGAGCUGAUUGGAAGUUACGCAGGCGUCACGGGUCAAACGGCGCUCGCACGCAUGGUGGUGUGUGGUUCUCCCGGCGUGCCUCUUCAUCGCCUGCUUGCCUCCAACCUGAGCUGGUCCGCUCAUACCCUGCUGAUGUCAGACAUCUGCCGCCAUGACACCGCUCUACUCCAAUGUGAGACCAGCCAGACUCGCGCGGUGCUCCUGGCUGACAGCUGCUCCCCAUCACUAACUCUUCCUCCCGCGGCGAUCCAUGAAGCCACGCCCACCGCCGCCACCGAUCUGGACAUCUCAGCCGGCGCCGCCUUCGCUAACAUCACGACGCAUCAAAACUCAACGCAAUCCCUCGCUGUGACCACUCAAACAUCUGCUGACGACUCGCCGGUCACUACAGUUAGCGCACCCUCGGCCAACGUGACUGCACUGUCCUCCCAUGAUGCAACAGUUAACUCAACGGCACCUCUUCCUAACGGAACUACCGCAACAGAGCGCCAUGUGACCAACGCCACUGGAAAUGAACACACGACACACUUAAACGCCACUUCCACGACCAAGCGACCAGGACCACAACACAACUCAACACUUCCUGAUGACAGCCAAACAUUGACGACCACGUCCAGUAACAACGUGGCUCCUUCAGCCCCCCUCAUCAUGGCGGACAUGACGACUAACCUCAACAACACCGCCAAUUCAAGUGAUGAUCCCGCACAUAUCCUGUUGACGUUUCCUGCCCAAAACGACAACACAACCAUGACAACAGCUGGCCCCAUACUGACUUCCUCUGCAUCUCCUGGGACAAAAACCCCCCCGGAGGAACAAGUGGACAAACUUCUGGAAAGAACUCAGGACGGAUCUCAGCUCAACUCCUCGCAGGUAGCGGAUGUGGUCGAGCAGCUGGAGAAACUUCUGGAUGCUGCAACCGUCUCCCAGGCGGUGGGGAGGAAAGCCAUCAGCAUCGUGAGCCACCUGAUGGAAGUUGACCCACGAGUCCUGUCAGCGUCUUCCAACAGGAUCAUUCGCCUGGUGGAGGACUUGGGUCUGAAGCUGGUCGUAAGCGGCGAGUCCGUGGUCCUCUCCUCUGGUUCACUUGUUCUGGCGGUGCAGAAAGUGGACGGCAGCAAUUUUCCUGAGAUGUUUGUCAACAUCUACAACACGAAGGAUGUUGAGCUCAGCGUUCCCAGCAGGUCUGAAUCCAGGAGGAGGGACUCCAUCAUGGGGUCCGUGUACCUGCCGUCCUCCAUCGCUGGGGCCUUGACUCCUGCAGAGAAGAUGCAGGUCCAGAGGGUCCAGUUCACCUUCUACACCAAACCCAUCUUGUUCCAGGACGACACGUUGAACAACCAGACUGUGGUCAGCCCGGUUCUGGCGUCCAGUGUCGCCAAUUUGUCCGUAAGCAACCUGACUGAGAACGUGAGCUUCACCAUUCAGAACCUUCAUCCUGUCCACGCCAACUAUGAGGUUACUUGUGCGUUUUGGGACUUCACCGGGAACGGCGGUACAGGAGGUUGGAGCUCAGCAGGCUGCUUUGUGGUGAACUCCACUUCCUGGGGGACAACCUGCACAUGCAACCAUCUCACCUCCUUCGCCGUGCUGCUGGAUCUCUCCAGAGAGGGUGUAAGUGACCCCCAGCAGGCACAAAUUCUCACCUUCAUCACGUAUAUUGGCUGCGGACUUUCAGCUGUUUUUCUCGCUGCCACCUUGUUGACCUACCUUUCGUUUGAGAAAUUGUUGCGAGACAUUCCAGCCAAGAUUCUGGUCCAGCUCUGCUUCUCCCUCCUCUUCCUCAACCUGGUCUACCUGCUGGACGGCUGGCUGGCGCUCUACCCGGCCGGCGGCCUUUGCAUCAGCACCGCCUUCUUCCUGCACUACUUCCUGCUCACCUCCUUCACCUGGGCGGGGCUGGAGGCGCUGCACAUGUACCUGAGCAUCGUGCAGGUGUUCACGCCCUACCUCAGCCGAUACAUGCUCAAGUUCUCGCUCGUAGGCUGGGGUGCUCCAGUUGUCGUGGUGACGGUGGUGAUCUCAGUGGACAAAGACAACUACGGUCUGGUGACGUAUGGAAGCUGUUGGCUGCGCAGCGACACAGCCUUUUACGUGGGCGUGGUGACCUACUUCCUGCUCAUCUUCACGUCGUGUCUGCUGGUCUUCGCCGUGGUCAUGGUCCAGCUGUCCCGCAUCAAGAGACAGAACCCGCACAACCAGUCCCCUCACAGAGGCCUGGUCACCGACCUGCGCAGCGUCGUCGGCCUGGUGGUUCUGCUGGGCCUGGCUUGGGGGUUCGCGCUGUUGGCCUGGGGGCCGCUCCACCUGCCCUUUGUUUACCUCUUCACCAUCUUCAACUCCCUGCAAGGCUUCUUGGUCUUCGUAUUCCAUUGCGCCUGCAAGGAGAACGUGCGCCGGCAGUGGAGAACCUACCUGUGCUGUGGCCGCCUGCGAUUGGCCAAAAAUUCAGAAUGGAGUCGGACGGCCACGCGGAACAGGAACUUUUCGGCGACGACCUCAUCUGCGUUGGCUCCUCGCCAGCUGUCCUCACGAAGCUCGUCUGUCGCCAGCAACAUCACCAGCAGCAGUUCUGUGUUUGUGGACAGCGGUCUGUCCGAUGGUUCCAGCAGCGACGUCAUCCUCAAUGAGCUUCACAGACAGACGGCGUCGCUUUAAGGCCACGCCCACCUUUCAUUACUGUUAUUGCUGCUUUGCUAGUAACGAUGUUGGGUUCAUUUGGAUCUCAGUAUUUUUACAGGUGACCUUUUCUAUUUGAAAACCACGUGGUUUGUUUUACUCGGUUUAUAAAGAACUUUUUUUUCUGCAACACAAGUGUACAACGUAUCUAAAAAAUGUUUUGAAUAAAUGUUUUUAUUUAGUGUCUGUCAUGUUUUAGAAUUGGUUGAUUUUUUUACUGUUCAUUUUGUUUUAUUUUAAAAGAUAACAUUAUUUUUAAUUGCGUUUUUAUACUAAUCACUUGUAUUUUGUUUUAAAAUAUAUGUUUUAUUUUGUUUUAUUUUUGAAAUUG